GCACGCACAUUGCUUCCGUACAGUCGCCCUCUUCGCCAAGAUGGGAGCGUACCCUGUGUUUGUUUUGGAUGGGGAUCCGUCCCCGCUGAAGAAGCAAGCGAGGGUGGAGAGGUUCUUGCGGGGAUCGGGCGUGGAUUCCUCUGCGGUCGCGGCUGAGGAGGGAGAGGAGACAACAAGCAAGAACAGGAACGGAUUGUUUGCUCGUUACGUUCAUGAGUGUGUAGAAUUGCUUGAACUCCUUGGGAUGCCUGUUUUAAAAGCUAAUUCUGAGGCCGAAGCGCUUUGUGCACAAUUAAACAGUGAAGGGCAUGUAGAUGCUUGUAUCACUGCUGAUAGUGAUGCAUUCCUAUUUGGCGCCAGUUGUGUCAUAAAAAGCUUCAAGUCGAACUCUAAGGAGCCAUUUGAGUGCUACUAUAUGUCUGAUGUAGAAGCUGGUGUUGGAUUAGGGAGAAAACAAAUGGUCGCCAUUGCUCUACUUGUUGGUAGUGACCAUGAUUUGGGUGGUGUGUCUGGCUUUGGAGUUGAUAAUGCUGUUCGCUUUGUACAAUUGUUUACCGAGGAGGAAAUCUUGGAUAGGUUAUCUGAAAUUGGCAAAGGGGUUUUCCCUGUGCUUCAGGACACCAUAAAAUCUAGGAUGGAUCUCCAAAUACCCAGUUUGCAUAACAACUUGACAACUCCAAGAUUUCCACACUGUUCACAUUGUGGUCACCCAGGCAGCAAGAGUGCUCAUUUGAAGUCUGCUUGUGAAUAUUGUGUUGUGGAUGGUUCAAAAAACUGCAUUGAGAAGCCAACAGAUUUCAAAUGCAAAUGCCCCAACUGCAACAUGGAUCGUGUAUUCAAGGAACAAAAGAAACAAGAAAAUUGGCAAAUAAAAGUAUGCAAAAAGAUUGCUGAAGAACACAAUUUUCCCAACAGGGAGAUAAUUGAUAUGUAUUUAUGUGGCAACCAUGGAAAUCAUAGUGAAAACAGUGACACCGCCAUCAGGUGGAAUAAACCUAAUCUGGACAAUCUAGCUGACUUUCUAGUUUACCACCAACAUUGGGAGCCUUCUUAUAUCCGUCAAAGAGUACUUCCGAUGUUGUCUACUAUUUACCUAAGAGAAAUUGCCUCAAGUCCAAACAAGAGCUUGCUGCUACAUGAACAGUAUGAGUUUCACUCGAUUUUGCGGGUAAAGAUAAGAUAUGGGCAUCCUUAUUUUUUGGUAAAAUGGAAGAGAGCUGGUCCUGAUUCAAAUAUUGGUAUUGACGAUAGCUCCAAUGAGCAAUCAGGGACUGAGGAAAGUGCGCAAACGGUAGUCAGAGAGUCUACUGAUUUGCUGGAUGAGCCAGAGAUUCCACAGAUUCUCAUUGAUGAUGGAUGCUGGUAUUUAUUGACUGAUGAAAAUAUGGAGCUUGUACAGGCUGCUUUUCCGAAACUAGUUGAGAGGUUUUUGGAGGAAAAGAGAAUAAAAGAAUUGAAAUCAAAACAGAGGAAAGUGAGCAUGACUGAACCUGUUGAUGGUGAAUCUAAUGCUGUCCAGCUUAGCAUCACCCAAUUUUAUCGUUCCGCCAAAUCAUCGACUCAACUAAAGCUUGGCGACAAUGCAGAAAAAAGUUCAGUUAUUGAGGGGCAGCCAAAGAAGAACAGAAAGACAUCCACUGAUUUAGAUCAUACGUUACCUAAAUCUGUGAGGCGUCGGCUUCUUUUUGAUUAGCUUCAUGUAUAUAUUUUUCAUCUGUUUUGGUUUUUAAUGUUCAUGGGCAGCUUCUGCAUCUCUCUCUGUAAAUUAAAGCGGUAUUUAGGGCCUAAAUUAGCUUGUAAAUAUGUUUUUUCCCUUCCUGGGAAUGAAAUGUACGUGAUACUGGUUUUUUGUUCAACUGUUUACCAGUUUUUGAUGUUUUUACCUA